AUGGAUACUAUAAAAAUCGGCUUACAAUUACAAGUUAAAAUUGUUAGGAUAACUGGAAACUUUGAAGAUUCAACUUGUGCAACAGAUAAUAUUUAUCGUAUUGCAUUCGGUUUCAAACAAAUACGUCAGAAUGAUGGGAUGAAUUCAGUUUAUUUAGAAAGGAAUCAAAUCCUGGAGAUUAAAAUUAGAUUAUAUUUUCUAUGGUAA